GGUAAGCGUGUAGAUCAUCCCGGAAGGCGCUUUUUAUGCCUGCCAGUGGUGCGUUGUCUCUCGUCCGACGAAAGCCACGAAAAUUACAAACUUGAAAUUAUUACAUAUAGAUUUUUUUUAAAUUUUUUUUUCAUUUCUCUCUGGAACAGUGAUAUCGUAUUAUUAUUAUUAUUUGUGGGGUGCACGGCUACUACUGCGACAGUGAUUAUUUUUUUUUUAUUUGUGCUACCGAGAGCGGCGAGUGAUUAUCCAUCGACGAUUUUUAUACAAUCGACUCUCCACGACUCGACUUCGUCCACGGGAAUCGGGAGAUGCUACUAGGAGGACCGAAACACUGAUGAGGCCAAAGUCUGAAUUAAAAAUUUAACAUCAGAUUCGAAGAUGAAGUCCUUCCAAUACACCUGCUUGUUCCUGCUGGCCGUCCUGCUGCAGUGGGAAUCCGUCCACGCGCAAUGCAAACUCGAGAGGCCGACCACGGCCUCCUGCACCGAUCUCGACGACAUGUACUACGCCGAUACAUGGGAUCUGCGCGUGCUCAAAGCACCGACCACGACCAAGCAUCUGACCGCGGCCAACUUCGAAAAAGUCCCCAAGACCAUCAGGCAUCUGGACCUGUCAGGCGGUAAAAUCGAGAUGAUCGACGCCGGCGCUUUCUCCAGUCUGAAAAAGCUGCAGUCACUCGACUUGAACAACAACACCAUUAGCCAGAUCAAGAGUGGCAUUUUCGAGGGAUUGACGAAAUUGCACACUCUGAAACUGGCUCACAACGAUCUCCGUCAGCUUCCACGGGUUCUGGCCGAUCUCAAAUUUUUGCGAAUACUGGAUCUGGCCGACAAUCCGAUUUUCUGCGACUGCGCUACUCUCGAGGUCAGAGAUCUCUUGGUCCAGCAGGGAGUCAAAAUUACCUUGAAAUCUCUGUGCGCCGAGCCAUCCACGGUUAGAGGCUCGUAUCUGCUAAAGCCUGACACGAGAACCGUGUGCAACUUCGAGCAGCAAGAUGCCGAGAUGCAGGCCGAUGCCGCUUUGGAGACCGUCGAUGCCACCGUUGAAAAUACCAACUCGGAAGCCAAUGAACUCGAGGCAACCACACCUAUGCCCGAAGAUGCCGAAGAGAUCACGGAGAUGCCAAGCAGCUCUUCCGAGGCCAAUUUGAUCUCUUCGUCCGAGGCUGUGACGGACGAGCUCCCAGUGGAAUCCGAAGAAAGCUCGACAGCUGCAUCCUCGACGGAAUCCAUGAACCUCUCGUCGGAAAAUCUUUCGACUUCUUCGACCGAAGAACCCGAAGUAUUCAUCGACAAUAUGGCGGUCGAAGGAUCCGGCGCCGAGGAAGAAGAGGACGGUUCGGGAGACGACGGUUCGGACAUUAUCGCUGUCGUACCACCGAUCGACUUCAACGAGACCAGCGUGCCCACCACCGAGGAAAAGGACAACACGUCGACGUCGACCUCAAGCUUUUGGUUACCCGAUUUAACCAGUUUAAUCAACAAUAUAAAUCCGUUCUCGACCACUCCCGAAUCGACGACCGUCCUCCCGAUGACGACGUCGACGAUGAGCGCCAAGAGCCUCGAUGAGACUCUCAAGGAGGACGAGCUCAUCCCGGUUACCCCGACCAAAUCUCUCGAGAUGAACGUCAAGAGAAAAAUCGAGAUUUCGACCAACACCAUCACUACCGAGCAACCAAAACCUUCGGACGACACGAUCGUUACCGAUUCCGCCGCCGUCAAUGAUGAUUCUACGGAAGGCAAGGUCGAGGGAUCCUCGAUACAGCCGGAGAUGGGAAUGGGCUCGUACAUCGUCCUCGCCGUAUUGUUGACAAUCCUCGUCGUUCUCCUUGCGUACGGUCUGUACAAGAGCGACUUCUGCCACAAGAAGAGGAAACGCAGGGACAUCGAGCGCGGCACCGAGCUCAAGGACAUCAAAAAGUCCCUGAUCGACAAGCCCGAGGCCAAGAGUACCCAGAACAAACCCACGGCCAACGGCCACACCCUCGAGAACGUCCCGCUGAUGAACUCCCACACGGAGGAGCCCAAGGACAACCAGAACAGUUACGACGUCGCCAACGGAAAGUCCAACGGGCCGGCGAUCGAGAUCAACGAUCCGGUCAAGCCACCGAGAAAGUCGAUGACCUUCGGCGAGAUCGAGGCGCCGCUGAACGGACUUCAGCCGCCGAUGGAGGACAUCGAUGGCCCGACGAGGUCCAGCUGGAUCAACGGCUCCAACGAGGUCGUCAACGAGUGUCCCGCCCGUGACGACGACGAGCUCAGCGCCAAGAAGGUGCGAAUCACCCUCGGCGAGAUCCCCGACAGCGUGCCCAAGACGCCGAUAUUGAUUCAGCGACACGACGAAGGAGAACACCUAGUCAAAGCUCCUUAAAAAAUUUACGAAAAAAGCAAACCAAGCGGAUCGCGCUGAAAUCUCCUGUGAAUAUAAUAACCAUUGAAAAAACAAGAAAGAAACAAAUGAUAUAACGCAAUAUUGUACAAAAGCCUCGUUUGUAUUCGUUCUGUGAUAUUAGUCACACAAUUAAUUUUAUUGUCAAGGGCUAAAAAGAACGAAUAUUAAAUAUUAAUUGUAUACGUGUAUGUCUGUGCUAUUAGUGAUAUAGUACAACGGGCUUCGUUGUUUCAUUUUUCUCUUUUACAAUUAUAUUAUAAUAUAGUACUGAAGAAAAAACGAACGAUAGUAUAACAGAAUGUAGGACAUAUUUUUAUUAAAAAGCUGUCGAAUGACUGCCCCACAGUUACGCAGGUUAGUUAGAUGUCGCUUAAUUUAUAAAAAUAAUUUCUUCGUGAAAACCAUGUAUUUCAUUCGUUAUUUGAAUCAAAGAUGAGCGGACACUAGUCACUCCUCGUACGAUACUUAUUUAAAAAAAAAAAAAAAA